CCCUCCAGCCCAGUGCCCCCUCCCUCUUCGUCUUAUUCCUUAAUUAUUCGCAACGCCAGCAGCAAAACCACAAUCACUCCUCACUUGCACCCAUUCUAACGUAGAGACACACUCUCUUCUCCUACAUCCUGACCAAAGAAAGCGCUGGUCGCACAUAGCUUCAACAGGAGCGCAACCCUCCUUCGCACCGCCCAGCGAUACCCCGCCAUACAGUCGUCGCCAUGAGCUUCGCAGGCAUGUUAAACAGGCUCGGUGGCCAGCCCGAGAGCUACGACAAGAAAGCCAAGUACAAGUUUGGUCGCACCCUCGGUGCCGGAACAUAUGGUGUCGUCCGCGAGGCCGAUGGCCCCACGGGCAAGGUGGCCGUCAAGAUCAUCCUGAAGAAGAAUGUCAAGGGCAACGAGAAGAUGGUUUACGACGAGCUGCAGAUGCUGCAACGGCUCAAGCACAAGCACAUUGUCCGCUUCGUGGACUGGUUCGAGUCGAGGGACAAGUUCUACAUUGUCACCCAGCUCGCCACCGGCGGUGAGCUGUUUGACCGCAUCUGCGAGCAGGGCAAGUUCACGGAGAAGGAUGCGUCGCAGACCAUCAAGCAGGUGCUCAGCGCCGUCGACUACCUCCACAAGAACGAAGUGGUCCACAGAGAUCUGAAGCCCGAGAACCUGUUGUACGUCACCGCCGAGCCCGACUCCGAGAUCGUGCUGGCCGACUUUGGCAUCGCAAAGACACUGGACAACAAGGAGGAAUCGCUGCAGACCAUGGCCGGUUCGUUCGGCUACGCCGCCCCCGAGGUGAUGGACCGCAAGGGCCACGGCAAGCCCGUGGACAUGUGGUCGAUGGGUGUCAUCACCUACACGCUCUUGUGCGGCUACUCUCCCUUCCGCAGCGAGAACCUCCGGGAUCUGCUGGACGAGUGCUGCUCCGGCUCCGUCGUCUUCCACGAGCGGUACUGGAAGGACGUCAGCGACGACGCCAAGGACUUUAUCAUGCGCCUCAUUGUGCCCGAGCCCGAGAAGCGCUGGACUAGCGAGCAAGCCCUGGGACACAGCUGGCUGGUGGGCCACACUGCGACGGAUCACGAUUUGCUCCCCGAGCUGCGCCGGCAGCGCGAGGCGCGGGCCAAGCUCAAGCACGCCAUCAUGGCCGUGGCGCUCAAGAAGCGCAUCGCCGCGCUCAAGACGGUCGAGUCGGACGAGGAGAGCGACGAGAUGGGCGACGUCGAGGACAGCGCGCCCGGCGCCAUCCCCGAGGGCGAGAAGAAGACCAACCUCCUGCGCGACAAGGUCAAGGACGGCGCCGUCUUCCGCGAGGUCGUCCUCGGUGCCCUCAAGGACAAGAAGGCCAAGGAGGAGGCCGAGCAAGCCGAGAGGGAGCUGGUCGAGGAGGCGAAAAGGAAGGGGCAGUUCUGAGGAGGCAGCGGCGGCAGCAGGCAUGUGGCGCGAUUUCGAUGAUAUUGGAUGAUAUAGGCAGCGUGUUCUUUCAAUUUCAAUUUCCCAUCACAUGAGUGUUUAUGUAUCGCGCUCCUGUGCACAAUGGUGU